AUGACGCCUGAAAUUCUGUCUGACAUAAAGAAACGAGAUCAGCUAAAAGCCAAAGCCCAAAACGGAACAAUAUCAUGGGAAACGUUCAGAUCAUGUAGGAACAGAAUAUCAUUUAACAUUAAACAAGCGAAAAAGAAUUACUUUGCACACAAAAUUUUACAGAACAAACAUGACUCGAGGAAACUAUGGAAACUGAUGAAAGAAGUGGGAAACUUGAACUCCAACAAAACAACACCAAACGAGAUUAUCGAUAAUGGGGCUUCGGUCACAAACCCAGCCAUAAUUGCACAGUUGUUUAAUUCGCAUGUCUCACAAAUUGCAGACUCUGUCAUCCAUGAUACAACACAUCACGAACCAAAUUUAGAACCACUUCGACAAUUUGUGAAAACUCACCUUCCUGAUAACCACCACUUCACGGUUCCAGCCAUGUCUGCAGAAUACCUUCUGAAUGCAAUCAACAACUUGUCGUGUAACAAAGCAAAAGGAGUUGACUCGAUAAAUAUCCAUCUUCUUCAAGUCGGCUGCAAUGAAGUCCUCCAAUCCCUUCUCUACAUCUAUAACACCAGCAUAACCUCGGGUAUUUUUCCAGACCAGUGGAAAAUCAGCAAGAUCACACCUGUGUUCAAAAAAGGCUCGCGACAAAAUAAGGAUAAUUAUAGACCUAUCGCUGUUUUGUCUGUGCUAUCUAAGAUCUUGGAGCGCUUUUAUGGUCUACAUCUACUUGGUUACCUUCAAGAACACAACUUGCUCACCAGUUCCCAAUUUGGAUCACGACCUUUCCACUCUUGUGAAACAAUGUUACUCCAACUUACAGACUCGCUACUUAAUGAUAUGGACAAAGGAAAUCUCAGCGGAAUUCUCCUUAUAGACUUCCGGAAAGCAUUCGACCUUAUAAGCCAUGACCUCCUACUACAGAAACUUGCCAUUUAUGGUCUUAAAGAUUCAACACUCCAGUGGUUCAAGUCUUAUCUCACAGAACGAAAGCAAUUAGUGUCCAUCGGACGUGCAACUUCAGAUCUCCUACCAGUACAUACCGGUGUUCCACAAGGUUCAUCACUUGGACCACUUCUCUUCAUUUUAUUCAUCAACGACAUACCACUUGUUAACAAAGAAUGCAAUUCCUACAUCUAUGUAGAUGACACCACCUUGGUCAAGUCAGGGACAUCCAUAAACACCGUUAGAUCACAUCUACAAACUGGUGCUGACAACUUAAGUAACUGGGCCUCAGAGAAUAGAAUGGCCAUCCAUCCCAACAAGACUAAGGUCAUGCUUAUUGGAUCACAACAAAAACUUUCAACCAUCAACGAACCGCUCAAUGUUUCUAUCUGCGGAACCACCAUCUCCCAAACAACCUGCGAAAAACUACUUGGUGUGCACAUGGAUGACUCACUCACAUGGAACACCCAUAUUUCUCACGUUAUCAAGAAAUACAACAACAAACUUGAACUUGUGAAACGAGCCAAACCUUACCUUACACCCAAGCUCCUCCUUCUCCUUUAUAACAGCAUAGCAAAGCCAACACUCGAAUAUUGCUGUAGCGUUUGGGGUAAUUGUAGUACAGACGCUCUUGGACGUGUAACAUCUGCCCAAAAACGUGCCGCAAGGAUUCUUCUAAACGCUGAUUACACUAUCCCAUCAAUAACCUUAUUCAAAGAAAUCAACCUUAUCCCAAUUCAUGACACCAUUCGCCACCGGAUCCUACUACAGACGUUCAAAUGCAUACAUGUCCACCAUGCCUCAGCACCCUCAUGGAAAAACCAACCCACCACCAUUCAACAAGAGCUAUUAUGA